AGCGAAGCCACUGUUUGGCUAGCAGUUUCAGCGUUUUGUUAUUUACUAAUUGGCGCUGUACGAACCCUGAACCAUGUACCUGAAGUACUGUGCAUCCGGAUGUGGGAGCUGAACGAGCGCGAAGACAGUAGGCAAAAUUUUGGCCAUACUGUAAGGAGCAAGUAGUGCUACCAAUUGUUGUCAAAUUGUAAAAUAACUGCUUGUUAUUGUCGAAAAAUAAUGAAACUACAAAACACUUGCAUCAAAUGUGAGGAAAUGGCGGCGAUAACAUAAAUUGCAACGAAAAUACAGUCACAAUUUCACCAUAAGAGGCACAACUAUUGCGAGUACAAUAGGCACUUUACCGUGCGUGAUUCAAACCAUAAUAUUUCUGAUUAGUACAAUUUUUACAAUUAGUACAAAUCGUCACACUAUUUCUAAUAAUCUAAAUCUUCGUGCCCUGUUAAUUGUUAUUCUACCUUGUAAAAGAGUAUUUCUAUUUCUAGAUUCUUUCCCUUUUUCAGAUUUCUGUUUCUAGAUCUCUUCCUUUUAAUACUAAGAAAAUCUUGAAAUUCUUAUUUUUAAAUACUACUGUUUCCGAUGUUAAUCUUAACGCAGGUAUUUUAAUUCCUAUGACGACAUAACUAUUCUGAAAUUUUGAAUUUUUAAAUGGAAAAGAAAUUAAGAGAUUAAAUUUAAUGUGAAAUUAUUGACCUUAGCUUGUUGUUGCUUCCGCAUGCUUUACAUACCCGCUUUCACAUUUUCGCGCGUUAUAUUCUCCACGAACUCGCUACGGCUACGAAGAAACUCGCUAACAUUUUGUGCCUGGUUGGAAAAAUGAAUGCUUGGAAGGGGAAAUUGACGCAUGAGGGGCCCCUCGUUUCGUCUCCUGGGGACAUCGCUGGUUUAAAGUUUAAUUGAACUUUGCGCUAAAUAUUUUUCCAUCCCGUGACACUCAUUCUCAGGGCAACUCAUUUGUAAAACACGAGUGAAUGUGUUAAACGAGUGUAUGAGCUUUCUACAUACAUAUUCGUGGGCGCUGUCAUCGACAGAUUCAAGAUGGCUAUGGUGCAUUAUAGAAGAGAAAAUUCGAAACAUUUGAAUGAGAGUUUUUAAUAAUAUACAAUUGUAAAUUUGUUACAACAAAUUGGUUUUAGUUCUGGUGCAUAAGAAUAAUUAUUUUGCUCACGAAUGUUACGCACGCCACGCAAACAAGUCGAAUACCAAAAUGACAUUUUUCAAAGCAAGCUGAUUAAGCGAAGAAUCUCCGAUGUCUGCGGGGAAGAUGAUUUCCUUAGUUUUGUGGCGAUUUCGCCAGUGAUCGAAGCUAAUUAACCGGCUGUAACUUUCUCUGUCAAAAGAAUUAACUAUUAUUUGAAUGUCAGAUAUGACUCCUCCUUUAAAUCGAAAACGUAGCUCGUCUGUUAGUUUCACAAGAGCUAAAGAUGAUAGCGAAGGUGCUGCAGAUGAAAUUCAUAUAUCUUUAGCACCAUGCAUACAAACAUAUUUGACACAUAAUGGUCAAGGUCGCGGAUGUUGUGGAAUUAGCCUUCCAGUACCAUUUGAACGUGCAGCACCAAGGUCUUGGUGGAAUCCAAAAUUUGAUUCUGAAAUACUUGAAGAACAAUUUAAAAGAAGUGCCUUUCCACAAAUUAGAUUAAGAUUCCGAUAUGCCUUAACAUAUAUUUUAUUGGUUUCUUUAUCGUGGUUUGCAUACUUUGUUAUAAUUGGAACAGAAUAUAAUACUACAUCAUGGCCUGCUAUAACAGUAGUAUUCACAAUUAUUGGAACCAUGGUAUCGGCAGUCUUAUAUUUAACACAUACAGAUUAUUACAAAACCUAUGUGCUACAAAUUUCAUUAGGUGUUGCAUUUAUGCUUUGCAUAUUAUCUUUACUUUUUCUUGCAAUAGUACCACCUUACAUAGAUGGCUUAACUCUAGUCGGACAUUUUGCAUUGUGCUCAGAGAUUCUAUUACUGAUUUACACUGUGUUGCCAAUGCCAUUAUAUGUUUGCGUGGGUAUAUCAACAGUUUAUUCCUUUCUAUUUGAAUUUUUGACUGCCUACCUAUAUGGUACAAAAACUGCAAGACAAAAGUUUUUUAGCAAAUAUAAUUUAACAAUUAAUUCUGCAGAAAAUAAUACUGCGCUAGAUUAUAUCACAAAUGUGAUGCACAAUGACAACGAAUAUGUAACAGCAAGUAUGAAAUCAAAUAUGAAUGUAUCAUUAUUUCAAGGUUCAAAGUUAUUAAGCGAAGCUUUAAAUGAUACAAAUGGUUUAAAGAACUUAAAUUCCAACAUAACAUCAACAUUAGCUAAUGUUAAUUUCAUUAUAAAUGCUUCUACCAACAACUUAAUUUCCAAAGGAGCGAGCAGUACAACCUCAGUAUUGGGAGAAAAUAUAUUGCCUCAUAAAAGCGACGAAAUGUCGAGUUAUUUUUUAAGUAGUAACAUAUCGAGUCGUUCGUACUCAGACGAUAAUUAUUUUUCUACAAGUCUUGGAAUAAGAAUCCUAAUGCAAGUCUGCAUUCAUUUGAUAGGUAUACAUAUUUUAAUAAUGACUUUUGUAAGAAUGCGUGGUACAUUUAUGAAAGUUGGUCAGUCACUAUUAGUCCGACGUCAAUUGGAAAUGGAAAAGCAACUUAAAGAAAAAAUGAUUCAUUCGGUAAUGCCACCGAAAGUCGCGGCCUGGUUAAUGGAAGAAAGUGAGCGCGAAAGAGAGCGUGAAGAUUCUUUAAAGAAAGGGUCUAUACCAUCCAAUAAUACGGAUAUACGUUCACUAUUUCGUCCUUUCAAUAUGCAUUCAAUGGAAAAUGUUAGUAUUCUAUUUGCUGAUAUUGUUGGGUUUACUCGAAUGAGUUCCAAUAAAACUGCAGAACAAUUGGUAGGCAUUUUAAAUGAUUUAUUCGAGAGAUUUGACGAUUUGUGCGAAGAUCACGGGUGUGAGAAAAUUUCUACAUUGGGGGACUGUUAUUAUUGUGUAAGUGGAUGUCCAGAACCAAGGCCCGAUCAUGCAAAAUGCUGUAUCGAAAUGGGAUUAGCUAUGAUAGAAGCUAUAAAACAGUUUGAUAUAGAAAGAAGAGAGGGAGUUAAUAUGAGAGUUGGAGUACACACUGGAACUGUGCUGUGUGGAAUUGUAGGUACCAAAAGAUUUAAAUUUGAUGUUUGGUCAAAUGAUGUGACAUUGGCAAAUAAGUUAGAAAGCACAGGAAAACCAGGAAGAGUUCAUUUAAGUGAAAACACAUUACGUUUUCUAAAUGAUCAAUACAUUACAGAAGAUGGAGAUCUGAUAAAUGGUAUAAAGACUUAUUUUAUCAAAAGUCGGAAAUCAGAUUUCACCAGUCAAUUCAUAACUAGUAUUAUACAAUCUCCAAAAAGUAUAUCUCCUCUGAUGCAGUCGCGUCAUCGCUUGGCCUCUUGCAAUAAUCCGUAUAGAUCGAAAAAUCACUACCUUCAUAUGGUUACUAAUGCAAGUAAUUAUAGAAUGAAAGCAAACUCUCUGCCAAGUAUUUUAGACUCUGAGAAUGGAGAUACCGAUAUUGGGGAUGAGAAGGGAAAUGUGAAUAAAAGUCCAAUAUCCGUCGCUAGUUACGGUAAGAAAAAGGUGCGAAACAAACCGUGGAAAUACUUACAAAGACAACGAACUACAGAAGAAAUGACUCCAUUAGAAAUGGAAGAAGCCAAAGCAAUCAUUGUCGAUCGAUCGAAAACUGAAUCUCAAUCGUAUGAAGAUCGUAACGGAUUUAGGCAGAAUACAUCUCAGAAUGACAUUGAAAUGGAUCCAAACCCUGUACCUUCUAGUCCUUUAUUAUCUGGUCAAGAGCCACUCAGUCGUGCCUCUUCAAUGUGUAGUAGAAAAGAUUCUGGAAUCAGAAGUAAUAGUAGGCGUAGCAGUAUACAGCAGCAGUUAUUUUUGAUGAAUGGUAUGGCUCAGGGAGACUUACUGGCACAUAGAGUGAGUGGCUACUAUACUUCUAGUUCGACGUUGAACUCUGUUCAUGAGCCGCCGUCUUCAGUACCACCCUAUCCGUUUCCUCCAGCAGUUACAGACACUUUUGGUGCAUGUUUUCAUAAAUUAAGAAAACAGUCAGAUCUACAAUUAAUCAGGUGCGUUCAAGAUAAUGUAAGUUCCCAACGAUCAUACUUCGUGAAACCACCACUUUCGAGUGUAACACUUUUCUUCAAGGAUAAGGAAAUGGAAAUGGAAUACAGGGAGAAUGCUCAUAAAGUCAACGAAUGUAUCAGUGGUAAUCCUCCCACGCUGGCUACCUCGAGGUUCAAUACGUAUUUUGAUAUUUUGAUAUCGGCACUGGUGUACACUGCCGUAUCGGUUGCCUUAUUCUUGCUUUGCGAGCCGACAUUGUACUAUCUGAUUUUUCUAGUAUGUGCAACUACGAUUCAAAUUGUAGCGGUGUCGCUAUGUGUCCGUCAGCUUUUAUCCCCGAAUAUGGUUCACGCGACAUUAACACAGGAAAUAUUUAAGUUCUUCUCGCAAUGGUAUCCUUGGCAUAUUUGCGGUGCUAUUCUGGUUGGUUUACCGAUCAUAUCUAUACUGCUUAAUUACACGUGUAGCAAUUUGCAUAAUUUAGAUAAUUUCGAGUAUUAUUAUGGAUACUUGGUCUUUAUUGGUUUAGUGCAUUUUUGUAAUUUUACGCAACUCAAUUGUUGGAUGAAGAAUUUUCUAGUAACGUUUAUGGGCAUGUUGUUUCUUUUCCUUGUAAUAACUCACAUAUCGUACAACCAACAGAAUCACGGUAAUCAAUUUGCCAAUGAUUCAUUGCGUCAUUUACAAUCGUUAGAAAAUCAACGGGUCACUAAUUUAAGUAAUCGAAUCAGUGAAACGACUACGAAAGAAGUAUUUGACAAUACUCUUACUCUUAUUCAUGAAUACAGAACUAUACUUACGAGACAACGAGAGGCGGAAAUUAAAUACAACGAAAGAUUGUACAAUUCCGAAAUUUUUUUAGAUAUGAUACUAUUACUGUUAUUAGUGUGGUUUUUGAAUCGCGAGUUUGAAAUCAGUUAUCGGCUUAGCUUCCACGGGAACGCAGUUGCGGCACAAGACAAAAGUCGCGUGCAAUCGAUGAAGAACCAAGCUGAUUGGCUUUUACACAAUAUUAUACCGAAAUAUGUUGCCGAUCAGUUAAAAACUACCGCCAAAUAUUCGCAAAAUCACAAGACCGUGGGAAUCAUCUUCGCGAGCAUAGUGAACUUUAAUGAACUCUACGACGAGUCUUAUUUAGGUGGUAAAGAGUAUCUGCGCGUGUUGAACGAGCUCAUUAGUGAUUUCGACGAGCUUCUGGAAAUGCCAGAAUACUCGAACGUGGAAAAGAUCAAAACUAUCGGUAGCACGUUCAUGGCAGCGAGUGGAUUAAAUCCGCAAGUUAGGCAACAAAGUCAGCACGAGUACACGCACCUUUUCCAACUAUUAGACUUUGCUAUGGCGAUGCAUAAAGUAAUGUACGAUUUUAACAGAGAUUUGUUAGGUUUUAAAUUAAUUUUGAGGAUCGGUUUUAAUUAUGGAGACGUUACCGCCGGCGUAAUCGGAGCUACAAAAUUGUACUAUGACAUUUGGGGUGACGCUGUAAAUAUUGCAUCUAGAAUGGACUCCACAGGAGUCGCCGGAAGAAUACAGGUAGCCAAAAACUCGUUGGAUGUUCUGUCGGAAAAAUAUGAAUUUGAACCACGCGGCCAAGUUUAUGUUAAGGGAAAAGAUAAUAUGAAUGUGUUUUUAUUAAUAGGGAAAAAGGACGAUAUUAAUGCUACGACGAGUGCUUAAAAACUAUAUGUCUCGAAUGUCUAACGAUCGAAUCGAUACGAUUUGUCUACGAAUUUUUCAAUUUUACGUUACACUUCACGUACACCGAGAGCGUACGAUCUUUUCUAGGUCAGAUUUCUAACGAUAUUCGCGAUAAAUCUAUCGUCUACGUUGCAAGUAAAAACAAAAGAGUACUUUGCUCUUCAAUUGCUCGCUUAUUAAAGAUAUUUAUUCUUAAAUGAAAUGUUCACUGUAUUUUUUUACGUAAUUUAAGAGCAUUGAAUGCGAGACCUACCAAAACCUACCUUUAUAAAGUACAAAAUCAGAGUCGUCUUGAAAUUAUAAAAGAGAAAUUUCCUUUAUACAUUAUAGUACAUAUAAUAUACGCGGGACAUUUAUCGAGUUAAUUAGUACGCAUAAUUGUUGUUUGUGUGCUUUCUGUAUGAACGAAACGCGAGUGAGCGAAUAAACAAAUGCAUGACCAAGCAACGGUCAUCGUCGACAGUUCCUAGUAAACGUGUGACUUAUUCGAUAACUGUCUGUUAUUUCGUGUACAAAGUAUCAUUCUAAUAUUUUCUUUCGUUAAUUCCUUCAGUUUCGAUUGUGAUCGGACAGUUUGCUUGUUUUUACCAAUGCGAAUAAUUAAUCAGAAUGACUUAUAUUGUAAACUGCAUUUGGAAAAGAGUCGCGUCGUUUUUGAAGUGUCAACAAAGUGUCAUAACAAAGUACCUCGAGUUUCAUAGAGAGAUUAGUGAGAUCGAAAAUUCGUAUUUAAUUUCUCAGCGCAUUUCUUAAAGAAAUAAUCUACUAAGAACAGGGCCAUAUGAAUCUAAGUAAUUAGAGCAACUGCUGAAUUUGCAAACCAAUUAUCAAUUAUUAUAAGAGAUUUAGAGUUCUUCAUAAGUCUAGUUUUGUUUAAAAAAAAAGUGCACAUAAGGGUGAAAUGUCAACGUCAAUUUUGGGCCUCAUCUUUCAAUAAAUUGCAUUAAGAUAUUAAAAAUCUGUGACUCUGAUGAGUAUAGAAUUUUUGUGAUGGGACAUUUUGGGACAAACUUGUCACCUAUCCAUGCUACAAUUACAUAUAUUAAUUAAGUGAAUACGAUCCUGGAUUAUUUUUUAUUGACUUUUUACGAGUCUGAGAUUAGAAAAUGAAAAAGAACCUGUUUUAAGGUUGUUAUAAUUCUCAAAAACGUAGUACUCAGUAAUUCCAUGUGAUCAUAACAUUCUGUUCCAGUUGAACUACAAUAAAAGCAAAUUAUUGAAAUCCUUUAGUAAAAGUGUCCCAGGAUUUACACCAAUAAUUAUCAUGUCAAAUAAUAAAGGCGUGUUUUAUAAAUUA